AUGGAUCCACACGAAGAACAACAACAGGAACUAGAAGUGUUACAGUCGAUUUACCCCGACGAACUCACGCUAGUGUCACCAACAAAUUACAGUAUCAAAAUUGCUCUUGAUACUCAAUCAGAUCGUAAGCAUGCAUUAUCAUUAAAUGUUAAAUAUCCAGAAACUUAUCCAGAAGUAGUACCUAUACUUGAAAUUACAAUCGAAGAAGAUGAAGUGGUGGUAGAAGAUGAAGAUGAAGACGGCGAAGAUCCAAAUAAAGCCAUCCAUUUAUCUGAAAGCAUCGAAUUUUCUAAAGAAGAUUUAAAAUUUUUAUUAAAUAAAUUAAAUGAAGAAGCAGAAUUACAAAUUGGAAUGCCAUCGGUAUUUGCUUUAGCAACUCAAUUAAAAGAUGAAUCAGAAAUUUUAUUUCAAAAAAAAUUAGAUAAAGCACAAAAAGAUUAUGAUGAUAAAUUAUUAGCAAAAGAAAGACAAGAACAAAAUAAAUUUAUCGGUACGGAAGUUACCAAGGAAUCAUGGCUUAAGUGGAGAAAUGAUUUUAGAAAUGAAUUACAGAUUGAAUUAAAAGAUAAAGAACGUCAAGAUAAAAUACAUAAUGGUAAAUUAACUGGUCGAGAGAUAUUCGAAAGAGGUUUAGCUGGUGAUGAUGAUUUAUUAGACAUCACUGAUAAUUUAAAACAAGUUACUGUUUAA